AUGAGCCUGCUUUCCACACUCCCGAGCCCCUUCGCCCGCUCGCCCCACCUCACCGUGGCGCACACCACCAUUCGGCUCGCGUCGACCACACCCACCUACGGGCGCACGCACGUCUGGAAGCGGCGCGCACGCAAGCUCCCGAACCCGUUCGUGCCCGUGUUCCCGCAGCGGCUCGUGCGCGUCGACGGCUCGACGAUCGUGCACCACACGUCGUCGCCGCGCGCCGCGCUCCGGCUCACACGCGACACGACGAACCACCCGGUCUGGAACGCGCUCCGGUUUGUCGGGCAGGACGCGGAGGAGGACGAGGAGACGGGCCGGCUCGGGCGGUUCUCGCGCAAGUUCGCGGAGCUCGGUAUGGGCGGCGGUCAGCGCCCGGACUUGUCGUGGAUGGAGGACGCCGCGGCGGCAGGGGGUGUGAGCGCGGGGGAGCUGGCGAGGGAGGAGAAGCAGAAGAAGGGGAAGGGGAAGAAGGGGAGGUGA